AUGCGGAAGGCCAGCCUAGCUUCUCCAACAAGCGCACUCUCUGUUGCACUCGCUUCCUUCAAUCCCGCGUUUGAUGUUGCCGCAGAGGCAGAAGGGGUUGCCGCGGGGGGCAGCAGAGGCGCUGCGAGCAGUAAAUCCUUGCCCACAGAGGAGGCCAGGCGAGAUGCUCCUGAGACCGAGCGCCACAAUCUGGUGUCCUACGGAGAAUGGGCAGUGAUUACUGGCGCCUCCGAUGGCAUUGGCAAGGCGAUGGCCAACCAGCUCGUAAAGAAGGGAUUUAAGAAGCUCCUCCUUAUUGCUAGAAAUGAUCAAAAGCUUAAGGAUGUCACCAGAGAGCUGGAAACGGCCGCACCUCACGCGCUGACCGUAUCGCGGCUUGUAGUUGAUUUUGCCACGGAGUCCUCUGAGGAGAUUUACAAGAAAAUCUCGGGAGCAGUGGAGGGGAUGAAGGCGCGCAAGCAGGGAAUGAUCGUUUGCGUGGGCAGCAGCAGCUCGCAGCUGCCCUCGGAUCCGCUGUACAGCGCGUAUGCUGCCACCAAAGCCGCGUCUGAAGCAUUCUGCCGUUCCUUGCAGGUUGGUAUAUGGGGACUCUAA